AUGCCUCCCCCUCAAGCAACCUAUUACUGGACUGCGCCCCAGUCCACGCCGACCAUGCCGCCUUACACGAUUGCAGCACCACCGCCCCCACCGCUGCAGAAUCCCUUGGUCAACCCGGCAAUUAGCUCUUCCGCCGACAAGAUUUUGGCACGUCAAGUCCAAGGGCGCGACCUACCAACUUUCACUGGUCGCCCGGAAGAGUGGCCAGCUUUCUUCGUGGCCUUCCUCACCAGUACGAAUUUCUGCCAGUUCUCACAUGCUGAGAACCUGGUCCGCCUUCAACGCUGCCUCAAAGGAGAGGCCCUCAAGAUGGUGCAAUGUCUGCUGGUGUCCCCCGACAGCGUCCCAGUAGUCAUCCAGAAGCUGAAGAUGAGGUUUGGUCGGCCCGACCAAUUAAUUGAAAACUUGAUAGGAAAAGUCCAAAGCCUUCCCCCAGUCAAGAUGGAGAAGAUGGACACGCUCAUCGACCUGGGCAUCGCCGUCGAUAACCUCGCCGCCACCAUCAAAGCCCUCAACUGCACACAGCACUUGUGCAACCCCAUGCUCAUCAAAGAGCUUGUGAAGAAGCUUCCGAGCACCAGCCAACUCGACUGGGCUCGUCACAUGCAGCUUUCCGGUCACCCGUUGCCAACCGUCGACUUUUUCGCAGAGUGGCUCACAAGCUACUCUGACGCCGCCUGCGUCCUCUGCCCCCCUGUAACAAGCCAUGAAGUCAACCACCACGAAAGAAAAAGAAGAAACAAUCAUGAUCGAGUCCUGGUGGCGGAAGAAGAGAAGAAGAAAUCCCGAGGCGACCAUCGAGAUAAUCGUCAUCGUCAACCGAAACCCCCCGAAAAAUGCCCCUGUUGCAAGAGUAACAAUCACAAGCUGCACGCAUGCAGGGAUUUCGCCGACAAACCGACAGACGAGAGGUGGGAGCUCGUUAAAAACAACCACCUCUGCUUCCGAUGUAUGGCAUCUGGCCAUGGGGCCAGAGAUUGCAAAUUUUCCCGAUCUUGUGGCGUUGACGGGUGUGAAAAGCACCACCACAAGAUGCUACACAUAGCAGCCCCACGGAGAAGCCCAGCCAACGACGCUGCAGUACCACCCGAAAUGGUCAACACGGGAGAAGAAGUCCCCUACAUCGAUUUGAUGGUCCUUCCUGUGACGUUGGAGGGCCCCGGUGGGUCAAUAUCCACCUUCAUGAUGUUGGAUUGCGGCAGUACUCUUACGGUCAUUGAGAGUACCAUCGCGGAAGCAAUUGGAUUACGGGGGGAGUCCCGUCAAAUCAAGGUGGGCGGCUUCCAAACCGACCCCACCAUACUCAACACCAAAGUCGUCUCCUUCCGCAUCAAGUCCAAGGACAGCAGCUUCGUCCACAAUCUGCAGAAUGUCAAGACGGUUGACAAAUUGAAGCUGCGGGAGCAGUCCGUUCGGAAGUCACUGCUCAAGAAGUGGCCUCACCUCCAGGGAAUCGACCUGGACACCUACGACUGCAAGCGUCCAGGGAUUCUGGUGGGGAUGGACAACCCCACCCUCUUCCUACAAAAAGAUUACCGAGUAGGAAAGGGAAGCAACAGCAAUUCCCCAAUCGCCAUCCGUACGCCGCUGGGAUGGGCGUUAAUGGGGAGGACAGCGUGGGCCGGCCGAGAGCAAUAUGCAUAUCACAUGCAAGAAGUCGACCCCCUCCACCAGCUCGUGAAAGACCAGUUUUCCACCGAGUCAUUUGGAGUCAAGCCGUUGGUGGAGAAGCCCAGAACGAAGGAAGACAAGAGAGCUCAAGAGAUUUUAGACGCAUCUACUCGCCGAGUUGAAGGAGGAUGGGAAACUGCGCUGUUGUGGCGUGAUGAUCAUGUCCAACUCCCUGAGAGCUACUCCACCGCGUAUCGUCGCCUCAUGUCUAUGGAGAGAAAGAUGGACCGCGACCCAGAAUUUUUGAAGAGUUACUGCACCAAGAUUGAUGAGUAUCUGCCCAAGGGAUAUGCGAGAGUUUUGUCCCCAGAAGAAGCCGCCACCACAUCCAGCAAGACCAACUACAUCCCCCAUCUUAUGGCGCUCAAUCCCAAGAAACCAGGAAAGUUACGCUUCGUCUUUGACGCCGCCGCCAAGAAUCAUGGUCGCAGUCUAAACGACCAUCUCCUCCAGGGACCAGAUAAACUAAUUCCAUUGCCCAACAUUCUUCUCAAAUUCAGACAACGACAAAUUGCCCUCACCGCCGAUAUUGAGGAAAUGUUUCACCGCGUCAAAGUGAAACAAGACGAUGCCCAAGCCCAACGCUUCCUAUGGAAAGGAAGUGACCGCCUCCGACCCCCCGAUACCCUCGAAAUGGGAGUGCUCAUCUUUGGAGCCACAUGCUCCCCCACUUGUGCCCAGGAGGCGAAGAACAAGAACGCUGCCGAGUUUCAACAGCAAUAUCCCGACGCCGUAGAUGCCAUCAUCAACCGGCACUACGUUGAUGACCUGCUCGAAUCUUGUGACACGGUGGAGCAGGCCAAGAAGAGAUUCGAAGAGGUUCGAAUCAUCCACGCCGCCGGUGGAUUCAACCUCCGCAAUUGGCUGUCCAAUUCCCCCGAAGUGGUGGCCCACAUCCCCGAAGAGCUUCGUGCCAGCAACAUGAAAGAUUUGCAGAUGGGCGAAGACAACGUCAUUGAGAGAGUCCUUGGUCUUUUUUGGAGACCAGAAUCGGACGUCUUCACUUUCUCCCUCAACUUCGUCAAAGCCAGAGAGGAGAUCCUAUCUGGGAAGAAAGUCCCCACUAAACGUGAAAUGCUGUCUCUGGUCAUGUCCAUCUAUGACCCAUUGGGAUUCCUUGCCGUGCUCACCAUAAAAGCAAAAAUCCUACUACAGCAAGCAUGGCGCAGCGAGGUCGGGUGGGAUGAUGAUAUCCCCCGAUCCACAUUCGAAUCAUGGAGAAUUUGGUUACAAGAAGUACAGAAAAUUCCCACAUUCCGACUCCCCCGAUGCUACUCGUUGACCUUCACGUCUGCUUACGAGGUCCAACUCCACAUCUUUGUCGACGCGAGUGAAGAGGCAUUCGGAGCAGUAGGCUACUUCCGCAUUCAGAAAGAAGAGAAGGUGGAAAUCGCCCUCGUAAUGGGAAAAGCCAAGGUCGCCCCCCUCAAAAGCCUGUCCAUUCCCCGUAUGGAGCUGCAAGCAGCGUUGAUGGGAGUCAGACUCGCCCACACUAUCUGUCAACAACAUGAAGUGAAAAUUGAAAGAACAAUUUUCUGGUCCGACAACACCACCGUCUUGGGAUGGAUCAGAUCGGACGGAAGGAAAUACGUCCAAUUCGUCGCCAACCGAGUGGGAGAGAUUCAGGAACUCUCCACUCCAGAACAAUGGAAGUGGGUCCCCACUUUAGAGAAUGUCGCCGACGAGUUGACCAGACUUGAGUCUCCAUGCGAUUUCCAGCCCUCAAGUCGUUGGGUGAAUGGUCCCCCCUUCCUCAAACAAUCCGAAGAAAAUUGGCCUGUCCCCACCUGCACAAAAACAAAAGAAAGCCCGGAAGAAGAAAUGAAGACCCACUGCGUCCUCCAUUUCCACGAAACUGUCCCCCUCAUGGACAUCAGUCGCUUCUCAUUGUGGAGGCGCCUAAUCAAUACCACCGCGUAUGUGUUUCGAGUCCGCGACCUCACGAUGAAGAAAUCGCCCUUCUACAGCAAAGAACUUUGUCCAGAAGAGUUGGUCCGCGCCCAGCAGUGGUGGUGGAGAACAAGCCAACAAGAAAGUUUCCCGAACGAGUGGGAGUGCCUGUCUGCCGAGCUGUCCCUCCCCAAGAAGAGUAAAUUGUCCAAACUAUGCCCCUAUUUGGACAAAGAUGGAGUGCUGCGAGCCCGUGGUCGAAUCGAUAACGCCGCCCAAGUUGAUGCAGCAAUGAGAAGACCGGUCAUUUUGGACGCCCGACACCCGUACACACGCCUCCUCAUUGCCCAUUUCCAUCGCCAGUGUGGACACCACGGAACAGAGAAAAUCCUGAAUGAGAUUCGACAACAAUUUUAUGUCGUUCACCUCCGCCCCGCAGUCAAGAACGCCCAGCAGUCCUGUCAAGCCUGCAAAAAUUUUAAAGCCAAGCCGUCCCCUCCGGAAAUGGGCCAAUUGCCAGUCGCCAGAUUGGAUAGUCACGUCAUCCCCUUCCACCGCACAGGACUCGACUACUUCGGCCCCAUCGAGGUUAUUGUGAAGAGGAGUCGCGAAAAGAGAUACGGCGCCCUCUUCACAUGCCUCGUGACCCGAGCCGUGCAUCUCGAACUAGCCCACAGCUUGAGCACGGACUCUUGUAUCUUGGCGAUACGCAGAUUCGUCGGAAGAAGAGGAUGUCCAGCCCACCUUUACUCGGACAACGGUAUCAAUUUCCGAGGUGCUGACAACGAGUUAAAAACGGCCCUGCAAGAAAUAAAUCAACAACAAAUUGAGAACGAGUGCGCCACGAGAGGAAUCAUUUGGCACUGGAAUCCCCCCUCAGCACCACACUUUGGAGGAAGUUGGGAACGCCUCGUCCGCUCCGUCAAGACAGCAUUGGGAAAGGUUCUUCUGCAGAAGAAUCUGAAAGAUGAAGCCCUCUACACCUUCCUCGUCGAGGCUGAACACGUGGUUAAUAGCCACCCCCUAACUCACGUAUCAAUUGAUCCUGAUGACCCAGAGGCCCUUACACCGAACCAUUUCCUCCUUGGGCGCUCCAGCAACCUGAAACCCGUUGGAGGUGGGUUCAUGAAUAUCUCCCCACCCUCCUCCGCCGUGACAAAUGGGACCGCCCAACCACUCCGAUUCAAGAAGGAGACGUCGUUGUCGAGGUCAACGAGUCCCUCGACCGAAAUCAAUGGCCACUGGGGAUUGUGGCGAAGACUUCCCCGGAAAUGA